GCCGCGGGGGCCGGUCCCUGCAGCUCGCCGCGCCGCCUCCAGCCCGGCCCCGGCCGCUCGCGGCCCAAUGAGCGCGACCAGACCGGAGCCGCCCCUCCGGCGGUGGCGUGAGGAGCGGCGAGGCCCCGGCGCGCUGCGGGUCGCCUCCAGUGGGUGCUGGGCCGGCAGCGCGAUGGUGCCGGGGGCCGAGGGCAGCGGCUCCGCGGGCUGCUUCCCCUUCCCUCCUCCUUCCCGCUAACGGGCGCCUGAGAGCCGGGACCCGCCCUGCGCGCGCGGGGCCGAGCCGCACAUUGCCUUCAGGAAAUGGCCUCUUCUAAAUCUUUGCUGAAUCUUCUAACCUUCACAUUUGGAUCAACAAUAGGAUUUUUCGCAUGUUACAUGCUCUUUAGCAUAGUGUUGGAAAAACAGGUUGUGAUCCAACCUGAUAUUCUUCACAAUGAUCCCCAUGGUGAACACUCAGAAGAAACUGGAAGUGAUCAGCUGGAAGGACAAAUGAACUUCAAUGCUGAUGCUGGGCAGCAUCAAGAUGAGAACAAAAAUAUUGCAGAAGGACUGUAUCAGAAGGUGAAAAUACUGUGUUGGGUGAUGACUGGGCCUCAGAAUCUAGAGAAAAAAGCCAAGCAUGUUAAGGCUACUUGGGCCCAGCGUUGCAAUAAAAUACUAUUUAUGAGCUCUGAGGAGAAUAAAGACUUUCCAGCUGUGGGACUAGAAACCAAAGAAGGCAGGGACCAACUGUACUGGAAAACUAUUAAAGCCUUCCAGUAUGUACAUGACCAUUAUUUUGACGAUGCUGAUUGGUUUAUGAAAGCAGAUGAUGACACGUAUGUUAUACUGGACAACUUGAGAUGGCUUCUUUCAAAAUACAAUCCCGAACAACCAAUAUACUUUGGAAGAAGGUUUAAGCCUUAUGUGAAACAGGGCUACAUGAGUGGAGGAGCAGGAUAUGUACUGAGCAAAGAAGCUCUAAGGAGAUUUGUUAAUGCAUUUAAAACCAACAAAUGUUCUCAUAGCUCUUCUAUCGAAGACCUAGCACUCGGAAAAUGCAUGGAGAAUAUUAAUGUAGAAGCUGGAGAUUCAAGGGACACAAGUGGUAAAGAAACUUUUCAUCCCUUUGUGCCAGAACAUCACUUAAUCAGAGGUUAUCUACCUAGAACAUUUUGGUACUGGAAUUAUAAUUAUUAUCCUGCAGUAGAGGGUCCUGGAUGCUGCUCUGAUCUUGCAGUUUCAUUCCACUAUGUUGAUUCCAUAACUAUGUAUCAGUUGGAAUACUUGAUUUAUCAUCUCCGACCAUAUGGUUACCUAUACAGGUACAAUCCUGACUCACUCAAGAAUCUAGAAAAGCAAAUGACAAGCAAAGCAGAGGAUAAUGAUGCAAAAGCUAAAGCAGAAAGCUCCUGAAACUGAAUCAGACUUCUACUCAAUAUGUGGAACAGUGCACUGACAGAAGUAUCAUGGAGUGAAAAGCAGCUACAUCUAGCUCAGACAGGACUCUGGAAUUGCUAGUGGUAAUUCUUUUUGAAUUUUAAAAGCUCUGUGUUGGUCUUCCUCUGUGACUGCAAACUACAGGUUUCGUUGUGCAGUUCUUAUUCAUGGGGAUAGUGGGACUUUUCACAUGUUAGGACUGCAGAAUCAGGUCCUAAAGCUUUUACGUGAUCUGUGAAAUCUGAGGUGGCUUUUUUACAAAUUCUUCAUGUUUAUAUUAUUGUAUUAAAACAAAUGGAUGGUGGUGAGGUUCAAGCACGAUUAUACAGUAUUUUCUAGUCAUUUUUGUUUUUGCCCCCGUUCCCCUUCCCAUUAUUUUGGAUAAGUACUAGUGUUAGAAAUCUUGGGCUACAUUGGUCCAUCACUUUGAGAUGGUGAUGAUACUGGAGAAAUUUGAUGUGAAGUAACUGGCUGAAAAGAGGGAAAUAAGUCUUCAAAACCUCUCCUGCCUUAAAGACAGACUUCAAACUAUUUGGUGUAAUUAGUAAUACUGUGCCUGUUUAAUGUUGAAAUCUGAAGUACUUCCCAAAUGAAAUGAAUUUGUUACUCUUUGCCUCAUCAUAAACUUCCCCCAAGAUACUAUUUGUUCUACAAAACAGACACCCAGUUGGCUUGCUCUAAUUGGUGAAAAGCCCAGGAAUAGCAAGACUAUACAUCUUGGAGUAUGUUGAAGAUGUGUGAAAACUUGCAUACCUGCCCACUCUGUGCCUCUUGGUGUGUACUCCUUGCUUGAAUGGGCACAAAAUUCAUCCAAAAGCUUUUUAAUGUACAUAUGAUAGAAAUAAACCCCUUACAAGUGCAAUUUCCUCCCCUUGUAUUCAUUCUGUAAGCCAAAAAAUGCAUGAUAUAACACCACAGUCAUACAAUAAAGACUUGUUAGACAGCAAGGCUUUUAUGCACUAGCGUACAGUAAUUUCCAGAUUCACCCAGUGUUACUAUUAGUUUAUUUCUAUUUAAUUUACACAUUGCUUUACUGUAGGUUUUUUGGGGGGCCAGUGGGGAGGAGGAGGGUUCUUUGUUUAUGGAAGUGAUUUGGCACCCAAAAAGGUACUAUUUUAAAUCACAGUGUACGUUCUCUUACUAUGAUUUUUUGAAUGUUCCCUACAAAUUCCAUUUUAUUUGGUUGUAAUAUGUAGUUCCACUUCUGAGGGUUUUGUCUGGUUUAUAGUGUCUUUUUUCUGUGUCUUCAGUUUAAGAUUUUCAUGUCAUUUUAAAUUCUCUUUAUUGUCUGUCUUGUGAAUGUGUUGUACAGUUAUUCAGGUAAGCCAACCUGAAUGCAAGGACCCUUUCAAAAAGUGCAUUUAUUUCGUCCACUAUGUGGCUAUGGGGAGUAGCUCUAUGUCUAAUUAGCUAAAAAGGAUCCACUGGUUAUCUGUGAGAUGGACUGAUUAUCAAUAUAUUAAAAUACAAUCAGAGGUUAAACCAACUAUAGAUUUUUUGCUCUUGUGAUCAAUAUAGUAUAUACAUCAUUUGCCCAGUUUUAUGUUCUGCCUAGCUUGACACAUUGGCUGUCUUCGGUCCUCAGUUUCACAAAAGCUUCUUUAUCACUUUUCUGUUGUUGCUGGUUUUCAUCUUCAUCAUAUUGGUGAGUUUGGCCAAAACCUUACUUCCCUUAGCCAGUGUUUUGAUGAGGUCAAAUUACUGGUUGUAAAUGGCCUUACUAAAAUGGUUACCACUGUCCUCUUGAGGAUGUUGCUAGGAGAUUUUGGGAGACUCUGGAGUAGUAUGUCUGACUUUAGUGUCUCUCAAACAUUAUUUGCCAACAAACAUCAUGACUGACUUAUCUGUUUUCUUCUGUUCUGCCUUGUGACAUGAUGCCAAUAACCACAGUAUUUCAUGAAUGUGAAGUAAACAUAGCCACUUUUGCUGCUCCUCCGUGUCUGAACACAGGAUUAUUUAUAUUCCCUAGUACCACUGAUGUUGUCAUAUAGAGAUUUUUUUUAGUUAUUUCAUAUUUAAAUCUAAAUAUUUCAUAAUGAAUAUUUUUCACUAGCAGGAUUGCCUCACACAUAGGCUGGAAGGGGUAGGAGCUUUAAUGUGUGCUGUGAAUUGACCUAUAGAACUCUUUAAAAUUUGAACCUAUUGGGUGAUUGAAAAGCUGUGCUUUUUAUCGGAGAUUAUGCUGAUGCUGGUCCAAAGGAGAAUAUUUAUCAUUUGUUUCAGCUGAACUGUAGAAGGUGAUUAAGUUUAGCAAGGUAUUCCCAUGUGAGAGUCACUCAUUUAAACUAACAUUAGGUCAUAUGAGAUACAGCAACUAGGAUUGCUAAAUCAAUAUGCUAAAAGCACUGACAGCUACAGUGAUUAAUAUAUUGUUCAGAUUCUUGGCUAAAUCAUUUUAUUAACAGCUGAUGGCAUUUAAUCUAAAUUUAACAAGUUGAUAGUUUUGAUUUAAAAUUCUGUAUACUCAGCCAAUGUAAAAGACGUACUGAAUUGCAAAUCUAUAGUUCUCCACUACCAUUCUCUUCUCCUUCAAGGUCACCCAUUGACCUGUAACAAAAAAGGAACUUCUCAGCUUGUGGUGUAGGCAGCCAAUGUUUUAGUGAAUUGGGUGGGCUGUGUCUUGAGAAAUGCAAAUCCCCUUCUCCAGUAAAGUGUUAGCAAGGAUACUUCAGAAAGCAUUUAGUACAGGGGUGGGCAAAGUAUGGCCCGGGGGCCACAUCCGGCCCUUCAGACGUUUUAAUCCAUCCCUCAAGCUCCUGCCGGGGAGCAGGGUCCAGGGCUUGCCCUGCUCCGUGCGUGCCAUGGCUCCCGGAAGCAGUAACGUGUCCCCCUCUCCAGCUCAUAUGCAUAGGGGCAGCCAGGGGGCUCCACAUGCUGCCCCCGCCCCAAAUGCCACCCGUACAGCUUCCAUUGGCCGGGAACUGCAGCCAAUGGGAGUGGCAGGAGUGGUGCCUGCAGAUGGGGCAGCACGCAGAGCUGCCUGGCUCAGUCUCCAGGUAAGAGCUGGAGGGGGGACAUUCCGCUGCUGCCGGGAGCUGGUUGAGGUAAGUGCCACCCGAAGACUGACCCCCUGACCCAGCCCUGAUCCCCCUCCUGCCCUCUGAACCCCUCAGUCCCAGCCCAGAGCACCCUCCUGCAUCCCCAACCUCUUAUCCCCAGAGCCUGCACCCCACAUCUGGAGCCCUCACUCCCUGCCCCAGUCCGGAGCCCCCUCCCACACUCUGAACUCCUCAUUUCUUGCCUCACCCCGGAGCCCUCAACCUUUUCCCACACCCCAAUUUCGUGAGGAUUCAUGACCUGCCAUACAAUUUCCAUACCCAGAUGUGGCCCUCAGGCCAAAAAGUUUGCCCACCUCUGAAUUUAGUAUCUUUCUAAGAAGGCUUCUGUUUCCACCCUCCACCACAUAUACCCAGAAAGGAGAACAGAAAGUUUUGCCUUCCAGUAUCACUGAUUGAGAAGUAUUGACUUGACUUUGUUAAUUUUUCUAAAACUAUUGUGUUUUUUCUGUCAAAUUCCAGUAUCAUUAUGGAAACAAAAUGAAUGAUACGUAGGGAUUAUUAACUUGUUUUUUACUUUGGUAGCCAUUUUACCAGAUAGCUUUCCAAACUUGGCUACCUAAUAAACAUUUAUGAUUGCUUUUAUCAGAGGGGCUUUCAACAUUGCAGCCUCCUUGUAUAGUAUUCUACAAUUGUGAGCCACUGAUUUCAGUGUGAUGUCAUCACUUUAAGAGCAAGCACAUAGUAUGAGUACUUUUGCAGCCCAGGCAAGCUACUACAAGGAAUCCUUCCUUAGUUGAUUUGCUUUUCUUAGACUAUGCCUUUGAAGUGUAGGGGUACAGGAUGCUUUAUGCCACAGUGCUCAUUACUCUUGAUUUUUAAUUUUAAAAAAGCUUGACAGAAUUCUAUAGCCACAAUGUAGUGAUUGAAACAAUCCAAUCAUGUAAUUCCAGUCUAAAUUUCUUUAAGAAAAUUACCUGGCAAUAAAUUCUCUACAAUCCCCGGGGUUUAUCCUGAGAGUCAGAGAUAUGGGUUUUGUUCUUUCAAUAGGCUUCUUAAUAUUUUAGUUGCUUUGUUUUUCAGAACAUUCAUUAGACAUGCAUUAGUUUCCAGAGGCAUAUUGACAAUAUGAUAAUAUUAUCAAAUUAUCCGAAGCUCUUACUUGUGGCGUGGUACUGAAUGUUACACUUUCAGAUGAAUGACUCAAUUGAACUUUAUUUAAUCUUUUUACUCUUUGUUGUUAAUUCAGUUUAGCAAUUUGCACUGUAUUUGUCUGCAUGAGUUGGCACACUCCCCAGUGAUACCUUGUUUGUCCUUUUGCUUAACAUUUCUUUCCCCUUGGAUUUUUUUUCAUGAUCUUUCUGAGAACGCUUCUACAGCUCUAUCCAGUUACGCUUUCAUAAGUGAAAAAGUUUCAGUCACUGCAUUUUAACAGACUACUCUCAAAAUAGCUAGGAGCCACCCUCUUAGUUUAAAGAAAAGGAGUACUUGUGGCACCUUAGAGACUAACAAAUUUAUUUGAGCAUGAGCUUUCGUUAGCUACAGCUCACUUCAUCUGAUGCAUUCAGUGGAAAAUACAGUGGGGAGAUUUAUAUACACAGAGAACAUGAAACAAUGGGUGUUACCAUACACACUGUAAAGAGAGUGAUCAGGUAAGGUGAGCUAUUACCAGCAGGAGGGGGAAAACCUUUUUGUAAUGAUAAUCAAGGUGGGCCAUUUCCAGCAGUUGAUAAGAACGUCUGAGGAACAGUAAAGGGGGGGGGGGGGGAGAUAAACAUGGGAAAAUAGUUUUACUUUGUGUAAUGACCCAUCCACUCCCAGUCUUUAUUCAAGCCUAGGUUGAUUGUAUCCAGUUUGCAAAUUAAUUCCAAUUCAGACGUUGGAGUCUGUUUUUGAAGUUUUUUUGUUGAAGAAUUGCCACUUUUAGGUCUGUAAUCAAGUGACCAAAGAGACUGAAGUGUUCUCUGACUGGUUUUUGAAUGUUAUAAUAAAACAUACAGAUACAGACAGACAGACAUCAUCAUCCUUUCCAAAUGCAAACAGAUGGACAUCAUACCAAAAGGACUGAAGGUAAAAAAUCCAUUACAAUCUACAGACUAUGCUGACAGCUUGUGCCACACACUCUCAAAGAAACUGUGGAUCCACCUGAGCAACAUCGUUUACAGCAAACAGGAAAAGAUUAAGAAUGAGCUCUCAAAACUGGAUACUCUCAAAAAACCAACCUUCCACACAAACUUCCUCUUGGCUGGCUUAGGGGGUCUUUCAUGUCAAGGUUCCUUCCCCACUCUGAAUUCUAGGGUACAGCUGUGGGGACCUGCAUGAAAGACCCCCUAAACUUAUUCUUACCAGCUUAGGUUAAAACUUCCACAAGGUACAAACUUUUACCUUUUGUCCUCGGACCUUAUGCUGCCACCACCAAGCGUGUUAAACAAAGAACAGAGAAAGAGCCCACUUGGAGACAUUUCUCCUCCCCCCCCCCCCCCCAAAA